AGGUCUAUGGAAAUGCAGGACCUAGCCAGUCCUCAUAACCGUGUGGGAGGUGGAGAUUCAACAGGCUCCAAGCUGGACAACAACCUUGGCAGCCCCUCUAUCACCACCAAUGGAACAGGAGUGAAAACAGAGCCUUUGAACAACAGCGAUACAGUUACUACGACAGGCGACACAGCGCUGGACACAUACGCAGGCUCAGUAAUCACCAGCAGUGGAUACAGCCCUCGUUCAGCCCACCAGUACUCUCCUCCCCUCUACCCGUCCAAGCCCUACCCCCACAUCCUCUCCACGCCGGCAGCCCCUUCCAUGCCGACGUACACCGGCCAACCUCAGUUCAGCAGCAUGCAGCAAUCAACCGUCUAUACUGCUUAUUCUCAGACAGGCCAAGCCUAUGGAUUGUCUACCUAUGACCUCGGUGUGAUGCUUCCCGGCAUAAAAACAGAAAGCGGCUUAGCCCAGAGUCAAUCUCCUCUGCAGACAGGCCUCAGCUACAGCACCGGCUUUACUACACCUCAGCCUGGACAGACUGCGUACUCACCCUAUCCAAUGCCAGGUUCCAGUUUCACUCCUUCCUCAGGCCUCUACACCACUAACAACUCAGUGUCCAACCCCGCCAACUACACUGCCACACAGCAGGACUACCCCUCAUAUACGACAUUUGGCCAAAACCAGUAUCCUCAGUAUUAUUCCACCUCCCCUUACGGGACCUAUAUGACCUCCAACAAUGUGGAUGGCACAGGCUCCACAGCAGCCUACCAGCUGCAAGAUCCUACCCCCGCCAUGACCGGACAGGCUGCUGAACUUCACCCAGGGGACUUUGAUACAGUGCAGAGCCCUUCCACACCCAUCAAAGAGCUGGAUGACAGAGCCUGCCGGAGUGGGGGGUCUAAGUCUCGGGGCAGGGGCCGCAAAAACAACCCCUCCCCUCCUCCCGAUAGUGACCUGGAGAGGGUUUUUGUGUGGGAUCUGGAUGAGACGAUCAUUGUCUUCCAUUCUCUGCUCACAGGCUCCUAUGCACAAAAAUAUGGCAAGGACCCUCCCAUGGCGGUAACACUGGGUCUGAGGAUGGAAGAGAUGAUCUUCAACUUGGCUGACACACACUUAUUUUUUAAUGACCUGGAGGAAUGUGAUCAGGUACAUAUUGAUGACGUGUCGUCAGACGACAACGGCCAGGACUUAAGUACUUACAGUUUUGCAACUGAUGGCUUCCAUGCAGCUGCAACCAGCGCAAACCUGUGCCUGGCUACGGGUGUCCGCGGCGGGGUCGACUGGAUGAGGAAACUGGCCUUCCGCUACCGACGAGUCAAAGAGUUGUAUAGCACGUACAAAAACAAUGUGGGGGGUUUGCUGGGUCCUGCUAAGAGAGACGCCUGGCUGCAGCUCAGAGCUGAAGUGGAAGCUCUGACUGACUCCUGGCUCACCCACGCACUCAAGUCCCUGUCCAUCAUCAGCUCCAGGAGUAACUGUGUAAAUGUGUUGGUGACUACAACACAGCUCAUACCAGCGCUGGCCAAAGUUCUCUUAUAUAGUCUGGGAUCUGUUUUUCCUAUUGAGAACAUUUACAGUGCAACAAAAAUAGGAAAAGAGAGUUGCUUUGAACGCAUAAUGCAAAGGUUUGGCAGGAAAGUAGUGUAUGUUGUAAUUGGGGACGGUGUGGAAGAGGAGCAGGCGGCCAAAAAGCACAACAUGCCUUUCUGGAGGAUAUCAAGUCACUCUGACCUGCUGGCAUUACAUCAAGCACUGGAGUUUGAGUACCUGUAACUAUUAUAGCAGUAUGGACUCACUGCAUUGUCACAUGGACACAGUCAGCCAGGCAGCCCCUUUCUUUUGUAUAACUAUUUAAGAACACACAACACUGCAAGUGUUUCAUUUUCAUUUCCUGUCUUGUUUUUUGAAUGUCUGGAUUUACAAACUCAUAACGGUCUUAAGAAACAAAGAGGUUAAAGGAGGUAAAGAAGAGGAAAGUGGGAUUGGGACAAGCUACCCGACACACACUUGCUCAGCCCUCCUGGUCCUGAUGCUGGGGACAGGCCUCUGAAAAUCCAGCCUGCUAUUCUUGCAGCUGUAGCAGGCUAAAACUGUCAAGGCUUAAGACCUUCCUUGGACUGGGAGGAUGUUUUUCCUUGAGAUCUAGUUUGUGGUCAGAGCACCCAGGUUGAAAUGAGGACUUGUGGCGUCACCUGGGAGGAAAUAUCCAACACCUAUGCAUUAAUUUGAAGGCUUCGCUGUACAGACCACAUCAUGUAUACUGGGAUAAUGGCUUUUUUUUGUAAGGGUUUUGUUCUUGGUGGUAUAAUAAUCACAACACAAGAAUGCAGUCUGUGUUAGAAAUUUGUGUAAAUUAUUUACAGUAAAUUUACAUGACAGUGGUAGGGUUUUUUUUUUUUUUCUUGGUCGAGGAAUGGAAAUUUUGAGGAUCUUGUCUUUCUUCUGGCUUUUGUAUUUUGGUUUCUUUCUGGUGGGUGGGGCUUGAAGAUGUGCGUCAUGAUGUGUUGUGCCUUAAUGUGUUUGAAUGUCUUUUCUUUAUUCAGAAAUGUCUAUGUAUGUAGAUAUAAAGGAGAAAACCUA